GAGACUUUUGAAUGGAUCUCUCAGGACCGCUCAAUAGGUUGGUUCCAACUUCAUGCUCAAUUUGUCCGGGUACAAAGUCAGCUUGUUGACUUCUAAUUCGCACAAGCUCAGCUCUCUUGAUUGUAAGAAGUGCGAAUAAAUGCAUGUGUACUCCGCAUGUAUGCCCUAAACAUCAAGGGAACAACCCCUCAAUCACAGACAGUCACAAACCACAAUCACAAUUACUCACUCACGCGCUCACAUAUAACACAAGCCGCCUGUUGCACCGAAUAAACACAGUCGUCCUCAUGACUCGGAAAGCUCGUCUGGCUGCAAGGGGACGGUUACCUGAGUUCCUUCUCAGAGCUGUGAACCACAAGUAUUAAGGGGAUAUUACGCGUCGACACCUCGCAGACAAGUAGCUACUACUGCCUAUCCUGCCCGCAUCGCGAAGAUUUGUUUAUCCAGUUGUUGGCAAGAAGGCAGUGGCCACCCGAGGCUGCGGUUCACGGACCAGACUGGAGAUCCAAUUGCAGGUGGGAGAUAGGCAGUACCUUACCUUACCUUACCUUAUUUCAUGGGUAUCUAUAUUCAUCCAUCAAAUCCAUGCAAGCGCAAACGGACUUUUUCACUGCAAGGCUUUGGGGGGUUUUCAACAACGAUCCUUCCUUCACUGACCUCAUGGCACAGCUGUUUGCAUUCACUGGAGCCUUCUUUCCCAACGUUGCAAACUUACCUUUCCUUAAAAGUUCUUUUUCAACGUCUUCGCCAUGGCUUCAACAAAGUUUGCACAUCCAACACCAUUUCUGGUUACAACCUCACCGCGACUUGAACCACCACCUUUAAGUUGCAAACACACUUAUCAGCAUUAUACCAAUACCCAUACUUCGAUACCUGCCAUGAGUACUCUGUACGGAGUCAUCGAGAGGGCCAACAAAGCCGGCCUUCUCGAUGAGUAUGCACGUCUGUGGAAGUUGUUUAUCGAAGGUAUCGACGAAGUUGUGGGAUAUGUUCGCGAGGAAGACUGCAUGAAGAUUCAGUGGGACGUUAAAUGGUUUCAUUGCGAAACGGUUAAUAAGAAAGGCGACGAAGUUCGGAGAAUUACCAUCGUAAGGAAUAACAACUACCUUGCUGCAGAGGGGUUUUCCCACAUCCCCUCUCCUGAAGAAGCUUGCAAAAUCGCAUUUCAAAAGCUCUUAGCUGCCAACGCUGACAAGUUCCCCGCCUUCGGUGUGUGGAAGAUGACGAAGGAAGCAGAUCAAGAGUAUUGCCCGAUACACCUAGCUGACCCAGGAGUCAACGUCUUACCCUUGCGCAUUCCUUUGCCAUUACGAGGAGUCCUGGGGGUCUUAACGGUGGGCGUCCAUCUCAAUGUCUACAGAGUAAAGGAGGAAGAUGGCAAGGAAACCAUUGAUCAAAUUUGGGUCUCACAUCGUUCCAAAGAUCCCAACUACAGCUAUCCUGGGAUGCUAGAUCAGAUCGUAGCUGGAGGCGCGGAUACCAACGACACGAUCGAGGGGCAACUAGCUCCUUGCAAGACGCUGGCACGUGAGGCAAGAGAGGAGGCUGGGUUGACUAUCGACCACUUGACACGACAAGUAUUCUUUGAGGAAAUGGGGGGUGAUGAUGGGGACAAGAAGAAGAAGAGGCGUAUCCUUGUUGGGACCGUAGAGAGGGCUUCGUCCAUUACGUUUUUCGACCUCAAAGACGAGAGUGCGGGUGACCUCUACAACAAUCACCUCGAACCCGGCCUGCGAUUCGUCUACGAUCUCAAGAUCACCAACCCAAGCUUUCGACCGAAAAAGAUGGAGAGCGCAAUCGAGAGAUUUGAGCCCAUGGGAGUAUCUCAAGUAACGGAAAGCCUGAGCAGCAAUCGAUGGAAGCCUAACUGCGGACUGGUGAUGCUGGACUUUAUGGUACGACAUGGGCUCGUCACCAAACAUGAUGAGAGCCGAUUCGAGCGUAUCAAGAAUGACCUACGCCGGCCGCUGUGCUUCGCUUUCCUGACGGAAUUACACAGAAUCACUAAAGGGUGGUAAGGAGCUUGGUCACACAAUCGAAGGAGACGGCACGGUAUUCAAAUUGUGGAAUAGGUGACCGAGAACAAAAGUCGAAUUGUAUUUGCAUGGGCAGGCGAUGGUUUGUGUACAGCAGUGUGACAUGAUCGACUAUUAUUAAUGCACUUGCUUUGUCUCCCUCAUCCUGUGAUGUUUACCCGCUCAGACGGUCGAUUCUUCUGCGAGUCGCGGAAAAUCAGCGAAGCCGUGUACCUCGAGCUCUUUGCCUCGGAUCUUGACGGGAGGCGCAGGUAAAAGGGUGAAGCAGAUGCGACAAACUUCAGUUCCAGUGUUCUUCCAAGCGUGAUUAGUUCCCCUCUGGAUGAUAAUGUCACCUCUGCGGAAGGUCUUUGUGGCCCCAUUGUCGAGGAUACAGUCAAUCUCGCCGUCAACGAUAAUGCCAUAGUCAACACUUGCAGUCCGAUGCAUGAUAGCGGGGAAGCCAGGCCAGAAGUCGACAACCCGAAGGGCAGAGCCAGAAGCUGGAGCAAUGUCCUUCUCGGUGGGAUUUUCUCUGUAUGACUUGAGGUCGUUGUCACCUGUCAGGGUGUUGGUGUCAUCCUCGUUCACGUAUGAGACGUGAGUCGUGAAGCCACCGCUGCGGUUCCCCUCAACUUGAAUGGGGAUAGUCUCAUCCCAGAUGGCGUUUCCGUUGGAGUCAUGGGUGGUGAUGAAUCUCUUGACGGGAGGGAGUGGUUUGGCUUCGGAAAACAUCUUGAUGAGAAGUGUUUUGUUGAUUUGCAACUAUGUUGGUUGUUUUGUGGUGUUUGAGAACUUUGAUCUUUUGCUUGCUUGCUUGCUCGGUUGAUGGUGAUGAUUAUCUUGAUAGGAGGAGAAACACUUGUUCCUUUAUACUCUUAUCUGGCUCCAUGACGAAUAUUGCACUUCUAAGCAAAUGGCAUGAGACGGUAUGUUCCUUGAGAAAUGCGAUCCUGUACGGUUAGGUUCUGCAUGAUAAUUAGCCAAUCAGGCUUUAUCUCUGUCACUUUCACGAUAGAUUUCUUUUACAAAGCACGGGUCAGUGUUUCGCAGGCCGGUCUCAUCUUGAAGCUUUGAAAUCUCGCUGUUCCGUGGAGUUUCUCUCCAGUGCUGGUGUUGGGACAACAUUGGUAAGCACC